AUGACAAACUUACUAAAAGUGUUUAGUAUUAUUGUUCUACUUUCUAGAGAUACUGAGCAGACAACUACAGAUGCAACAUCAGUUCCUACUACUGCACCAACCAUGACAGAUGCAACAUCAGUUUUUACUUUUGACCUAACGACAGAGCCAAUUUCAGUUACUUCUACUGAGCAGACAACUACAGAUGUAACAACAGUUCAAACAACUGAACAGACAAAUACAGAUGCAACAUCAGAUCGUAUAACUGAACAGACUACUACAGAUGCAACAUCAUUUCCUACUACUGAACAGACAACUUCAGAUCCAACUUCAGAUUCUACUACUAAACAGACAACGAAUGAUGCAACAUCAGAUCUUACUUUUGAACAGACAACUACGUGUGUAAUAUCAACCCCUACUUAUGAACACACAUCUACAAAUGCUACAUCAGAUCUUAUUACUGAACAGACAGCUACAUAUGCAAUAUCAGACCCUACUACUGAACAGACAACGAAAGAUGCAACAUCAGUUCCUACUUCUGAACAGAAAACGGCAGAUGCAACAUCAGAUCCUACUACUGAACUGACAACGACAGAUGCAACAUCAGAUCCUACUACUAAACAGACAACGACAGAUACAACAUCAGAUCCUACUACUGAACAAACAACGACAAAUGCAACAUCAGUUCCUACUACUGAACAGACAACGACAGAUGCAACAUCAGAUCCAACUUCUGAACAGACAACGACAGAUGCAACAUCAGAUCCUACUACUGAACAAACAACGACAGAUGCAACACCAGUUCCUACUCCUGAACAGACAACACCAGAUGGAACAUCAGUUCCUUCUACUGAACAGACAACUACAUAUGCAACAUUAAUUCAUAAUACUACACAGACAAAGACAGAUGCAACAUCAGUUCCUUCUACUGAACAGACAACUACAGAUACACCAUCAGAUCUAACUUCAGAACAGACAACGACAGAUGCAACAUCAGAUCCUACUACUGAACAAACAACAACAGAUGCAACAUCAGUUCCCACUACUGAACAGAUAACAACAGAUGUAACAUCAGUUCAUACUACUGAACUGACAACGACAGAUGCAUCAUCAGAUCCCACUUCUGAACAGACAACGACAGAUGCAUUAUCAGAAUCUACCACUGCACAGACAACGACAGAUGAAACAUCAGAUUUAACUUCCGAACAGAAAACGACAAAUGCAACACCAGAUCCUACUACUGCACAGACAAAUACAGAUGCAACAUCAGCGCCUGCUUUUAAUAAGACAACGACAGAUGCAACAUUAGAUCCUACUACUGAACAGACAACAACAGAUGCAACAUCUGUUCAUACUACUGAACAGACAAAAACAGAUGCAACAUCAGUUCCUUCUACUGAACAGACAACUACAGAUGCAAUAUCAGAUCUAUCUUCCGAACAGACAACGACAGAUGCAACAUCAUAUCCUACUACUGAACAAACAACUACAGAUGCAACAUCAGAUCUAUCUUCCGAACAGACAACGACAGAUGAAACAUCAGAUCCUACUAUUGAACAGACAACGACAGAUGCAACAUCGGCGCCUUCUACUGAACAGACAACUACAGAUGCAACAUCAGUUUCUACUACUGAUCAGACAACGACGGAUGCAGCAUCAGAUCCUACUACUGAACAAACAACGACAGAUGCAACAUCAUUUCCUACUACUGAACAAACAACGACAGAUGCAACAUCAGUUCCUACUACUGAACAGAGAACGACAGAUGCAACAUCAGAUCCAACUUCCGAACAGACAACGACAGAUGCAACAUCAGAUCCUACUACUGAACAAACAACAACAUAUGCAACAUCAGUUCCUACUACUGAACAGACAACGACAGAUGCAACAUCAGAUCCUACUUCUGAACAGACAACGACAGAUGAAACAUCAGUUCCUACUACUGAACAGAUAACAACAGAUGCAACAUCAGUUCAUACUACUGAACUGAAAAUAACAGAUGCAACAUCAGAUCAUACUACUGAACAGACAACUACAGAUGCAACAUUAAUUCAUACUGCUGAACUGACAACGACAGAUGCAACAUCAGUUCCUUCUACUGAACAGACAACUACAGAUACAACAUCAGAUAUAACUUCCGAACAGACAACGACAGAUGCAAUGUCAGAUCCUACUACUGAACAAACAACAACAGAUGCAACAUCAGUUCCUACUACUGAACAGACAACGACAGAUGCAACAUCAGAUCCAACUUCUGAACAGACAUUGACAGAUGCAACAUCAGAUCCUGCUACUGAACAAACAACGACAGAUGGAACAUCAGAUCCUACCACUGAACAGACAACAACAGAUGCAACAUCUGUUCAUACUACUGCACAGACAAAUACAGAUGCAACAUCAGCGCCUGCUACCAAACAGACAACGACAGAUGCAACAUUAGAUCCUACUACUGAACAGACAACAACAGAUGCAACAUCUGUGCAUACUACUGAACAGACAAAAACAGAUGCAACAUCAGUUCCUUCUACUGAACAGAUAACUACAGAUGCAACAUCAGAUCUAUCUUCCGAACAGACAACGACAGAUGCAACAUCAUAUCCUACAACUGAACAAACAACUACAGAUGCAACAUCAGAUCUAUCUUCCGAACAGACAACGACAGAUGCAACAUCAGAUCCUACUACUGAACAGACAACUACAGAUACAACAUUAAUUCAUACUACUGAACUGGCAACGACAGACGAAACAUCAGUCCCUUCUACUGAACAGACAACUACAUAUACAACAUCAGAUCUAACUUCCGAACAGACAACGACAGAUGCAACAUCAGAUACUACUACUGAACAAACAUCAACAGAUGCAACAUCAGUUCCUACUACAGAACAGACAACGACAGAUGCAACAUCAGAUCCAACUUCUGAACAGACAACGACAGAUGCAAAAUCAGAUCCUGAUACUGAACAAACAACGACAGAUGGAACAUCAGAUCCUACCACUGCACAGACAACGACAGAUGCAACAUCAGAUUUAACUUCCGAACAGACAACGACAGAUGCAACAUCAGAUCAUUCUACUGCACAGACAAAGACAGAUGCAACAUCAGUUCCUACUACUGAACAAACAACAACAGAUGCAACAUCAGUUCCUACUACUGAACAGAUAACAACAGAUGCAACAUCAAAUCCAACUUCUGAACAGACAACGACAGAUGCAAUAUCAGAGUCUACCACUGCACAGACAACGACAAAUGCAACAUCCAAUUUAACUUCCGAACAGAAAACGACAGAUGCAACAUCAGAUACUACUACUGCACAGACAAAGACAGAUGCAACAUCAGCGCCUACUACUAAACAGACAACGGCAGAUGCAACAUUAGAUCCUUCUACUGAACAGACAACAACAGAUGCAGCAUCAGUUCAAACUACUGAACAAACAACGACAGAUGCAACAUCAGUUCCUACUACUGAACAAACAACGACAUAUGCAACAUCAGUUCCUAUUACUGAACAGAGAACGACAGAUGCAACAUCAGAUCCAACUUCCGAACAGACAACGACAGAUACAACGACAGAUGCAACAUCAGAUCCAACUUCCGAACAGACAACGACAGAUGCAACAUCAGAUCCUACUACUGAACAAACAACAACAGAUGCAACAUCAGUUCCUACUACUGAACAGACAACGACAGAUACAACAUCAGAUCCAACUUCUGAACAGACAACGACAGAUGCAACAUCAGAUCCUGCUACUGAACAAACAACGACAGAUGGAACAUCAGUUCCUACCACUGCACAGACAACGACAGAUGCAACAUCAGAUUUAACUUCCGAACAGAAAACGACAGAUGCAACAUCAGAUCCUACUACUGCACAGACAAAGACAGAUGCAACAUCAGUUCCUACUACUGAACAAACAACAACAGAUGCAACAUCAGUUCUUACUACUGAACAGAUAACAACAGAUGCAACAUCAAAUCCAACUCCUGAACAGACAACGACAGAUGCAAUAUCAGAGUCUACCACUGCACAGACAACGACAAAUGCAACAUCAGAUUUAACUUCCGAACAGAAAACGACAGAUGCAACAUCAGAUCCGACUACUGCACAGACAAAGACAGAUGCAACAUCAGCGCCUACUACUAAACAGACAACGGCAGAUGCAACAUUAGAUCCUACUACUGAACAGACAACAACAGAUGCAACAUCAGCUCAUACUGCCGAACAAACAAAAACAGAUGCAACAUCAGUUCCUUCUACUGAACAGACAACUACGGAUGCAACAUCAGAUCUACCUUCCGAACAGACAACGACAGAUGCAACAUCAUAUCCUACUACUGAACAAACAGCUACAGAUGCAACAUUAGAUCUAUCUUCCGAACAGACAACGAGAGAUGCAACAUCAGAUCCUACUACUGAACAAACAACAACAGAUGCAACAUCAGCUCAUACUGCCGAACAAACAAAAACAGAUGCAACAUCAGUUCCUUCUACUGAACAGACAACUACGGAUGCAACAUCAGAUCUACCUUCCGAACAGACAACGACAGAUGCAACAUCAUAUCCUACUACUGAACAAACAGCUACAGAUGCAACAUUAGAUCUAUCUUCCGAACAGACAACGAGAGAUGCAACAUCAGAUCCUACUACUGAACAAACAACUACAGAUGCAACAUUAGAUCUAUCUUCCGAACAGACAACGACAGAUGCAACAUCAGAUCCUACUACUGAACAAACAACUACGGAUGCAACAUCAGAUCUACCUUCCGAACAGACAACGACAGAUGCAACAUUAUCUCCUACUCCUGAACAAAAAACUACAGAUGCAUCAUUAGAUCUAUCUUCCGAACAGACAACGACAGAUGCAACAUCAUAUCCUACUACUGAACAAACAACUACAGAUGCAACAUCAGAUCUAUCUUCCGAAGAGACAAAAACAGAUGCAACAUCAGUUCCUACUACUGAACAGACAAUGACGGAUGCAACAUCAGAUCAAACUUUUGAACAGACGAAGACAGAUGCAACAUCAGACCCUUCUACUGAACAAACAACUACAGAUGCAACAUCAGUUUCUACUACUGAUCAGACAACGACGGAUGCAGCAUCAGAUCCUACUACUGAACAAACAACGACAGAUGCAACAUCAGUUCCUACCACUGCACAGACAACGACAGAUGCAACAUCAGAUUUAACUACCAAACAGAAAACGACAGAUGCAACAUCAGAUCCUACUACUGAACAGACUACGACAGAUGCAACAUCAGAUCCAACUUUUGAACAGACAAAGACAGAUGCAACAUCAGACCCUACUACUGAACAAACAACUACAGAUGCAACAUCAGUUUCUACUACUAAUCAGACAACAACGGAUGCAGCAUCAGAUCCUUCUACUGAACAAACAACGACAGAUGCAACAGCAGUUACUACUACUGAACAGACAACGACAGAUUCAACAUCUGAUCCUACUGCUAAACAAACAACGACAAAUGCAACAUUAGACUCUACUUCUGAACAGUUAACGACAGAUGCAACAUCAGUUCCUACUACUGAACAGACAACGACAGACGAAACAUCAGAUCCCAAUUCAGAACAGACAUCGACAGAUGCAACAUCAAACCCUACUACUGAAGAAACAACGAGAUAUGCAACAUCAGAUCCUACUACUGAACAGACAACGACAUAUGCAACAUCAGACCCUACUACUGAACAAACAACGACAGAUGCAACAUCAGACCCUACUUCUAAACAGACAACUACAGAUGCAACAUUAGACCCUACUACUAAACAGACAACGACAUAUGCAACAUCAGACCCUACUACUGAACAAACAACGACAGAUGCAACAUCAGACCCUACUUCUAAACAGACAACUACAGAUGCAACAUUAGACCCUACUACUGAACAAACAACGACAGAUGCAACACCAGAUCCUACUUCUGAACAGACAACAACAGAUGCAACAUCAAACCCUACUACUAAACAGACAACGACAGAUGUAACAUUAGAUCCUAGUUCUGAACAAACAACGACAUAUGCUACAUCAAAGCCUACUACUGAACAGACAACGACAGGUGCAACAUCAGACACUACUACUGAACAAACAACGACAGAUGCAACAUCAGAUCCUACUACUGAACAAACAACUCCACAUGCUAUAACAGUCUUAACUACUGUACAGAUAACUCCAGAUGCUUCAUCAGUUUCUGCUACUGAACAGACAGAUAAAGCUGCAACAUCAGAUCCUACGACUGAACAGACAGAUAAAGCUGCAACAUCAGUCCCUACUACUGAACAAACAACGACAGAUGCAACAUCAGAUCCUACUACUGAACAAACAACUCCACAUGUUAUAACAGUCUUUACUACUGUACAGAUAACUCAAGAUGCUUCAUCAGUUUCUGCUACUGAACAGACAGAUAAAGCUGCAACAUCAGAUCCUACUACUGAACAGACAGAUAAAGCUGCAACAUCAGAUCCUACUACUGAGCAGACAGUUUCAGAUGCUACAUCAGUCCCUACUUCUGAACAGACAACGACAGAUUCAAGAUCAGUACCUACUAUUAAACAGACAGCGACAGAUGUAAUAUCAAGGCCAACUACUGAACAAAUAACUUCAGAUGUAAAAUCAACGCCUAGUACUGAACAUACAAAUACAGAUGCAAAAGUGACGGCCACAACUGAACAAACAACUUCGGAUGUAUCAUCAACAGCUGCUAACGAAAAGACAACUGUAUCUGUAACAUCAUUACAUACUAUUGAACAAACAAAUACAGAUGUUACAUCAAGACCUACUACUGAACAAACCACUAAAGAUGUAACAUCAUUACAUACUACUGAACAGAUUACAACAUAUGAAACGUCAUUUCAUAAUACUGAACAGAAAACAACAGAUGCAACAUCAAUGGAUACUACUGAACAGACAACUACAGAUGUAACAUCAAGGCAAACUACUGAACAGACAACUACAGAUGUAACAAGUCAUACCACUGAACAGACAACAACAGAUGUAACAUCAACACCUACUACUGAACAGACAACUACAGAUGUAACUUCAACGGCUACUACUGAACAGACAACUACAGCUGUAACAUCAACACCUACUACUGAACAGACAAUUAGAGAUGUAACUUCAACGGCUGCCACUGAACAAACAGCUACAUCUGUAACAUCAUUCCAUUCUACUAAACAGACAACAACUACAGAUGAAACAUCAACACAUACUACAGAACAGACAACUACAGAGGCAACAUCAGAUCCUACUACAGAUCUGACAAAUACAGAUGCAACAUCAGUUCUUUCUACUGAUCGGCCAUCUACUCUUAAAUACACAAAGACUUCGACAUUAACUACAUUUCAAUCUACAAGUACUCUUAUCACAACAACAGAAGAAUCGUUGGUAAAAGAACCUAAUACAGACGCAGAAUUUCACGUCGAUGUCAGACUUUUUUUAGAAAACGAGACGUUUCCUGAUGCACUGAAUAAUCCAAAAUCUGAAGAAGCUUUUAAACUAGCGGGAACACUACAUCACCCGGUAUGUAUAGUGUUAUAA